GUUUUCCCUGUCUGACAGUCCUGACUUUAUAGAAGUAUGCUAAAUGCUGCAUUUCCCAAGUUGGCUUCUCCAAUAGGAUUGGUGAAGAGUGGAAAUCAAAAAUUUAGGCUUCUGGGCGGAGAACGGAAACUGAAACUAUUCUUCAGGCAUAAAAGGCAGCCUGGUGGCUUGGAAGCUUCCUCUUUGAGGAGGUAGCAGAGCCCAGGUCUCCCUGGAGCAUCCAUCCUCUCUCUCCAUUGUCCUCUCUGGGUUCCUGCAGAGCAGUUCUGCUGUUCUCAGCAAGCAGCAGAUUUGCUGUUAUAAAUAAUGACCAUUUAGAGAAGACACAGUUAAGAAUAUUUGCAUUUUUAAUAUUCCUCAAUUCAAAUUGAAGGCACAGAUAGCAGCAAGAAUGGAAGAACAUUACACAGUGAUUUUAGAGAAAAUGUCCCAAUUAAUUCUGGAAAAUAUGCCAAAGGCUGACUAUUCCAGUUUAUUCAACGAUUUUGUUGAAUCUGAGUUUUUUCUGAUUGACGGAGACUCCUUGCUUGUCACGUGUGUAUGUGAGAACUUGCUUAAGCCGGGGCAGAGUCUCCACUUCUUCUACCUGGUUGAGCGCUACCUGCUGGAUGUCAAUUGCAAAGGAGGACAUUUUGCCAUAGUUUUCUUCAAGGAUGCUGAAUAUGCAUACUUCAGUGUCCCUAGACUUCUUACACUGAGAACUGCUUUAAUUAUGCACCUUCAGAAGAUUACUGACAUUGAUGUUUGGACUGAAUUUUCUGGAUGCUUGUCAGAAGAAUGGCGUAUUUCCUUGGGUCAGAGCUGUCCAUAUUUCUUGAUUCUUGCUGAUGAAGGCCUGAACGACCAGCAGACACACCUUUUCAACUUUAUAGCUAUCCAGUCUUGGGCAAUGAAAGUCAAUAUUGUGCUCUUCUCAGGACAAACAUCUGACAUCCUCCGUCUUUAUGCAUAUUUUAUGCAAAGCUCAUAUUCAGAGCAGGAAUUUUUCAAUAAGAAUUGGAGGAAGAUAUUGAUGGCUUAUGAAACCUUGAUUCAACGGCUAGAAAAAUAUAGAGACCUGAAUUUAACAACUCUGUUUGGAGAUUUAAAAUUUAAUAAUAUGGUGGAAAAGGCUUGUGAGACAAUGUUUCUGCUCAAGCAACUCUGGCCAGAAGGCUCUGACAUCCGGCGAGCCCUUUGCGUCACUUCAUGCUCCCUCUUCUUGGAAAUGUACCAAUGCUUCUUAGAGAACAGAGAAAAGAAAUCUUCCAAGCAGAUGUGUGAAGACAAACAGGAACAAGGUAGUUGUUUAACCCUGAAGGAUGUGGAAGACUUCUGUAAGCUCCACUGCCUCAGUGUGGUUUUUCAACUUCACCUACCUCUUUCCCAGAGAGCCUGCUCAAGAUUUAUCACUUCUGCUUGGAUUAAGGACCUCAAAACUGUCUUUAAAAUGAAACAGUGGUGUGACUAUUUCAUCCUAAGUAAUGUGAACAUGAUUGAAUUUUGGAGUUUGGAUUUCCUUCACCUUUCUGAUUUAAGUGAUGAGCCUCUGUUGAAGAAUAUUGCUUUUUACUAUGAAAAUGAAAACUCAGAAGGCCUGAAUUUGAAUGUAGGAGAUGUCAUCAUGAAGGAGUAUGUACAUCUCUGGGAUACAGUGUCAAAGUUGGUGGAAAACUUUGAAGUGGGAAAUCCAUUUCCUUUAAGAACAACAGAACGUCAUUUUCUUAAAAAGACGCCAUCACCAAUCAAAGAAAGUUCCCAGAAGAAGAUGCCAAAUUUGGGUUUUAUUCCAAUGUCAUGUGCUUUGGUUGAUGAAUUUACUGGAGACAUUCUGAAAGAAUUGCCUUUCCUAAAGAGUGAUGACCCCAUUGUUUCCUCGCUGGUUAAGCACAAGGAAUUCGAUGAGCUUGUGCACUGGCAUUCCCACAGACCUCUCAGUGAUGACUAUGACAGGACAAAGGCCAAUUUCAAUGAGUGUACAAGAGACCCCCGUUAUCUUAGAAGUGUGCAGAAAUAUCAUGUUUUUCAACGAUUUUAUGGGAACUCAUUAGAAUCAGUCUCUUCUAAGCUCAUCAUAACUCAAGGUGCUAAGCCCAAGAAGGAUUGCAGUAAGUCCAGGAGCAAAAAGCCACGUGAGACUAAGGCUGACAGAAUUGCUAGAGAGAAUAAGAAGAGGUUGAUUGCCAAGGAAGAACAAAGGGAAGAACAACAAUGGAAUACCCUGUCAUCUUCUAUUGAGAAGGAGAUGAAAAGGAAUUUUAGCUCUGGGAUGAAGAAGCUGGAAGAGUUUUUGAAAUCAUGUAAAAGUAACUCAGUAAAAGUUCAGGCUGAAAAAGUUGGGUUAACGGCUUGCUUGACAGCAUGGAAGGAGCAGUGCCGAGCUGAAGGUGAAACAACAAAAGACUUCAGCAUAGCUGUUGAUAUGAUGAAGAGAAUUCAUUCCUUGUUGGACAAACACUCUGAACUUCUGCAGGAAGCAGAUCAGAAACUCAUAGCCAGAUGUCUUACGUGUUUAGGGUUUGAUGAACUAGCAAGUUCUUUGUAUCCAACUCAGGAUAAAGCAGAUGACAUAAAACUGAAAAAAAUGAAUAAAUAUUCAGUUGGAAUUGGGCCAGCUAGGUUCCAACUACAAUAUAUGGGUCACCAUUUGAUAAGAGAAGAAAGAAAAGAUCCAGACGACAGAGUCCAAGAUUUUAUUCCCGAUGAAUGGCAGCGAGAGCUCCUGGAUGUGGUGGAUAACGACGAAUCUGCAGUGAUUGUUGCUCCAACCUCCUCUGGCAAAACCUAUGCUUCCUACUACUGCAUGGAGAAGGUGCUGAAGGAGAGUGACGAAGGUGUGGUUGUGUAUGUUUCACCCACAAAGGCACUUGUUAAUCAAGUGGUAGCAACUGUUCAAAAUCGUUACACCAAAAUUUUGCCAGCUGGUCAAGUUGUGUGUGGCGUUUUCACUAGGGAUUAUCGUCAAGAUGCCCUGAACUGCCAGGUCCUUGUUACUGUGCCUGCAUGCUUUGAAAUUCUGCUACUCGCUCCUCAUCGCCAAAGCUGGGUGAAGAGGAUCAGAUAUGUCAUAUUUGAUGAGGUACAUUGUCUUGGUGGAGAAAUUGGAGCAGAAAUCUGGGAGCAUCUCCUUGUCAUGAUCCGAUGUCCAUUUUUGGCUCUUUCAGCUACCAUAAGCAACCCCAAGCAUCUUACUGAGUGGCUCCAGUUGGUAAAGAGUUACUGGGAAAAAGUAGACAGUGCAAUGGAGAAAACAACUUUUUCCAAAAGAAAUUCUGGUGCUCGUGGCAGUCAUUACAAAGACCAAGUGCAAGCCAAACAGUCAUAUAAAGUUAGACUUGUGACUCACAAAGAGAGAUACAAUGACCUAGAGAAGCACAUAUGUUCUGUGAGACAAGAUGAAAUUUGCUUUGAUCAUUUUCACCCAUGUGCCUCGCUAACCAUAGAUCAUAUUGAAAAGUAUGGAUUCCCUUCUGACCUUGCCUUUUCACCUCGGGAAAGCAUCCAGCUAUAUGACACUAUGCUUCAGGUCUGGGAGAGUUGGCCCAAAGCCCAGAACCUGUGUCCAGAGAACUUCACUCAUUUAAAGAACAAAAUAGUCAUUAAAAAGUUGGAUGCUAGAAAAUAUGAGGAGAGCUUAAAAGAAGAAUUCACAAACUGGAUUAAAAAUGGGAAUGUGGAGCAGGCCAGAAUGGUGCUGCAGAAGCUGAGUCCCGAUUUCCAUGACUACUCAGGACGGAUGCUGGACUUCUUUCCACAUCUUGUUGAGAAGCUCAGGGAAAUGGAUAAGUUGCCUGCACUGUUCUUUUUAUUUAGAUUAAGUUUUGUAGAAGGAUGUGCUGAGGAGGCUUGCAAUUUCCUAGAGGAGAAAGAGGAAAAGAAAAGGCAUCCCAAAGCUGAUAAGGAAGCUCAUGUCAUCGCUAACAGACUUCGAAAACUUAAAAAAUCUUUGGAGAAACAACAAAAGAUAGGAGAUGAAAAUAAUGAAAAGCCUUCUAGAAGAUUGGAUAAAAGCAUCAUGAAUGAAGGUGAACAUGAUUAUCUCCUGGAGCGUCUGGAGAAGAAUCUGGAGAUUCCUCAGGAUUGCACGUAUGCUGAUCAGAAAGCAAUAGAUGAUGAGUCAUUGCAGAUGGUGUUUAGUCGGGUGAACAACCAAAGAAAAGGUGACACACUGAAGCAAUUGGCAAGAAGGGGCAUUGGCUUUCAUCACAGCUCUAUGAGCGCCAAAGAAAAGCAGUUAGUGGAAAUUCUUUUUAGGAAAGGAUUCAUUAGGGUGGUGACAGCUACGGGAACACUCGCUUUAGGAAUCAACAUGCCUUGUAAAUCUGUGGUUUUUGCUCAAGACUCAGUCUAUCUGAAUGCUUUAAAUUUCAGACAGAUGACUGGUCGGGCUGGAAGACGAGGGCAAGACCUGUUGGGUGAUGUUUACUUCUUUGAUAUUCCACAAUUUAAAAUAAAAAAGCUCAUAAAAUCCAAAGUGCCUGAGCUGAGAGGCCAGUUUCCUCUCAGUAUCUCACUCAUUCUGAGACUCUUGCUGCUGGCCUCCAAGGCAGAUGACCCAGAGGACGGCAAGGCAAAGGCACUGUCAGUGCUGAGGCACUCGUUGUUAUCCUUCAAACGUCCCCAAGUCGAAGACAUGUUAAAGCUUUACUUCUUAUAUUCUUUGCAGUUCCUGGUGAAAGAGGGACUUGUAGAUCAAGAAGGUAACCCUACAGGGUUUGCUGGCCUUGUAUCACAUUUACAUUACCAUGAACCGUCUAAUCUUGUUUUUGUCAGUUUUCUUGUAAGAGGUCUUUUCCAUAAUCUUUGUCAGCCAAUUCAUGCAGGCUCUAAACGUUUUUCUGAAGAUGUGAUGGAAAAGCUGGUCUUAAUAUUGGCAAAUCUUUUUGGAAGAAGAUAUAUUCCAGCCAAGUUCCAAGAUGCUAAUAUCAAGUUUUAUCAAUCAAAGGUGUUCCUUGAUGACCUCCCUGAGGACUUCAAUGAGGCCCUGCUUGAGUACAACACACAAGUGACAGAGGACUUUGCUGCUUUUCUGCUAAUUGUGUCCCGAUUGGCUGAUAUGAAACAGGAAUAUCAACUCCCCUUGUCAAAAAUUGAAUUCACAGGUAAGGACCGUGAAGACUCUCCACUUCUGUCUCACCUGAUGAGCUGCAGGGAAGGAAGGACGGCAGUUUCACCAUUUGUCUGUCUGUCUGGAAACUUUGAUGUGGAUUUGCUUCGUCCAGGAGUUUCAGAUAACGUUGUUCUAAACACAAUUGGUAUCAAUCACACCCAAGCCCCAGUGCUGUGGCCACACAGAUUCGAUAAUAGAGGAAGAAAAUUGCCACUUAAUGCAUAUGCACUUGACUUUUAUAAGCAUGGAUCCCUUGUGGGAUUGGAACAGGACAAUAGGAUACAUCAAGGGGAAGCUUACCAUUUGUUGAAAGAUUUUUACCUUACCAUUAAAUCUAUCAGUGUCUCCUUACGUGAACUAUGUGAAAAUGAAGAAGACAACGUUGUUUUAGCAUUUGAACAAUUGUCUGAGUCUUUUCGUGAGAAGUUUGAAAAAGUGUGAAAAGGAAAACUUUGUAAAUCACCUAAAAUAUCACCAUAUAAGCUUUGGAAGUUAUAUAUGUUUUAUUCUCAUUGAUAAUCAGAAAAUCAUACACAAUGAAAUGGAAUGAGCAAGCAACUUGCUGUGCUUGGCUCUAAGCAUUCUUGGCCAUCCCACUUGGUGUGACUAAAACUUAGUUUCUUUAAAUGAUUGACUAAAAAUGCUUAUGUCUCUAAAUUAUUGAGGAUUAAAUGAGAAAAUGUAUGAUUUGCAUAUAUAUGCUUGAAGAUUUUAUUUUAUACUCUGUGAGACACAAACACAUAUAGUUUUUAAAUAUUUUUUUCUGUUAAUAUAUGUAAAAAAUUAUUAAAACUAGAAAAAAAUAAUGGCAGUAUCCUGAAAAUGUAAUACAUUCUUCCAAACCAACAUAAAAGGAUUAUACUGCUUAGAGAGCUAACUGUUGAAAUAGUACAUCUUACAGAAUAAGCUACUUGUAAAAAAAUUGUUUUUAUUGAUUUUGUGAAGCUUUAAAGAAACAUAUAACUAAUGUUUAGCUUCAUUUUAAUUGUAUAUACAGAUUUUUGGAAUAAUAACCUCAUUGAUUUCAUUUGUGUGGAAAUAUAAUUCACUUGCAUGGUACCAUUAAUUCUGUCGAAUUAUUUACAUAAGAUCAUUCUGUAAUUGAGGCCUUAGCCUGAAUUUUCAAUUCUAGAAUCUAUUUGAAACCCUCAACUCAAAUUUACAACACUGAAUCCUCAAAAGAUGAAUCUUUUCUGUUACUCAUUGAACAAUGUUCUUUUUGGUGUCACCAUAGGUAGACGGUACUGAUUAAAAAAAAUAAAAACUGCUAUGGUUCAUUUAUUUAUUUAUUUUUUAAAUAUGUGUUUACUUAUUAUGUAUACAAUAUUCUGUCUGUGUGUAUGUCUGCAGGCCAGAAGAGGGCACCAGACCUCAUUCCAGAUGGUUGUGAGCCACCAUGUGGUUGCCGGGAAUUGAACUCAGGAUCUUUGGAAGAGCAGGCAAUGCCCUUAACCACUGAGCCAUCUCUCCAGCCCCCGGUUCAUUUAUUUUGAAGCAAAAAAAUCUAAUUACUAAAAAUGAUGGUGCAUUUCAUGAGCAAUGUUAGAAAUCUCUACCUUGGUGUUGGUGGUGUGGGAUGCAGUCUAAACUGUUUUCAUUCUUUAAACGUUACAGCAGUGCUGUAAACCAAGGCAUUUAGAAUCUGCCUAGCACCUCCUAAUUGCUAUCCACUGGAACGUUACACAAUGUGAAAUUUAUUGUCUUGUUAGUUGUAACUUAAUGCUUCUAUUUAGUCCAGAUGGGAAAAGAUGUCCUUCACCUCUAUAUGCAAAAUCUAACCUGGCUUAUAGAGUUUUAGAGGAGUGAGCUCAUUUUUGUCAUCUGGAGUCUUUUUAAAUGUGCACGAUUAUAUGUAACAUCUUUGAAGUGCGUCCCCUGGGAGUGGGAGUGGACUGCUUCUUUAGUCUUUAGAGGAAUCUAAAGAGAAAGCAGGAACAGUUUCACAAAAGUGAAUUUAGGAGAAACACAUCGGCAAAAAGAUGGCGCUUAGAAAACCUACAAAAAACUAUAAACUGGUAAGAUAUUUUCCUAGAAUACUUUAGAACAAGGUAGAGCUUAUGAUGAUCCCCUGGACCCAGAAAAGAGAAAAACCAGGCAAUGAGAGGAAUGGGUAUCCUGGGCCAUGAUACUCAUCCCUCAAAGUUAGCUGGUUUCACACAUGGAAAAAUGUUCCAGACUUAAGUGAGUUCUACAUUGGAGAAAGUGAGUUCAAGGUAGACAUGCUUUAACCUGUCUCUUGGGUCUCUUGUGUUGUGUUCAAACCUACCACUGUCCACAGAAGCAGAGUAUGGGUCUGCAUUGUUCUAGGCAAAUAAAGUUUGGGUAUGAGUCUAAAAGAAACAAGACACGAAGUUGACAAGAUCAAGCUUUAUCAAACUUUAAAUUUCUGAGUAGUAAACAACCAACAGGACCAGAGAAAACACCAGAAAUGGGGGGUAAAAAGAAGAAUAUGCAAGGAAUUAAAAAAAUCCCAGACAGAGAAAAACCUCAAGCAAUCACAAACAAUGAACAAAUGACAUCAAUAGGCAGUUUUCAAGAAAAAUUACUCAACUCCAGUAAUAACUAAGGAAACGAAAACUAGAAAGAAUUAUAUUAAAAUACACCAUCCCAGUUGACUAUGCCAAAAAUGGCAGAAAUAAUAUGAAAUAUUAUGGACAUCUCAUAGAAAAAGGAACUUGUGCAUUUUAGGUGUGAAAGUUAAUUAAUGCAGGUAUUUUGAAAAACAACAUGGAUGUUUCUCAACAAAUAUAUUGAGACUUACAUCAUUUCCAGAUUCCACUUUAGAAAAGUUAGAGACAUCUGUACCUGUAGGCUGUUUGUAACAUUCCUAACAAUAAGCCAAAUGUAGAGUAAAAUUAAGUGUUGGGUAAAUGAGUGGUUACAGAAGUGUGUGUGUGUGUGUGUGUCCAUAAUAGAGUGCUAACCAGUGAUCAAAAUGUGAAAUUAUGUCAACAGUAGAAAUAUGACUAAACUGGUGUACAGUGUGUGAAAUGAAAUAAGACACACACAGAAAGACAAUGCACACAGAAGUAGGAAGAGUUAUGGAAAUAAAGUAACAGUAAAAUGGUGGUUAUUAGAGGCUGGGAAGAGUCUAGAAAGUUAAGUGAAAAAAAAGGAUGGGACAAGUAGAAGGAGCACUUGUUUGGAGAAAUAUCUUCUCUUGCUCUAUAAGACAACGAGAUAAUUGAGGGAUGCCAAUUAAUUACACAUUUCAAAAUAGCAAGUAGAACGUUAAAUCUCUCUACUGAAAGGAAAUGGUAAAUGUUUUAUGAUGGAUGUACCAGUUGCCCCAAUAUGAUCAUGAUACAUUGCAGUGAAAUAUUACAGUGUAUUCCUUGUAUAUCUCCAU